CAACAUCGAAUCGAAAUGUCAAACGUCGUUUACAGAUUAAUUUCUAGAAGCUUGUGUGGUUUACCGGUUAAAAGUGUUAUAGUUCUUAAAAUUUAGUUAUAAUAUUGUUAUUAUUAUCGUGAAAUUAAAUACAUCUGCUACAUAGAUAAUUACGUAAUUACGAAUAACUCUCAAAAACCCUAAUUUUUUUCAAUACAUAUAAAUGUAAUCGCCAUUAUAGUACAAAUACCAUAAUGAGUAACAAAUGUUUUGUGCCAAACUGUAAAAAUACCACAGGAGUUCCUUUUCCGAAAAAUCAGACUAUUAAGCAAGUGUGGUUAGAUGUUUUAGAAUUAAAAAACCUCCCUCGACAAGAUAGUUUUGUUUGUUUGGAUCAUUUCGAACCCAACUCCGUAAACGCUGAAGAAAUAUGUGAUACAAAGUGUAUCAAUAAAAUCAAAAAAGGUGCAAUACCCACAAUUAGAAACCCAACAAAAAUUAAUAAAUAUGAAGAGAAACUGGAACAAGACCCUAAGGAUUCACUACAAGAAAAAGAUGUGAAGACUUGUAGGGCUUGUAUGUCUGAAAAAGAUGUGGAAAUAAGCAUACUCGACUACAUAGAAGAUGAUGUUACAGUUAUGUCUACUUUAAUGUUGUGUGCUUUCCCUUUGGAGAUAUCCAAACAUGAUAAACUACCAAAACACAUCUGUAACAGCUGUUUAAAUUCUUUAAAGAAUGCUCACGAAUUUAGAAAAAAGUGCUUAGUUAGUGAUGAAAUUCUUCAUGAAAGGUUAACAAGGAAACGUCGAAUAUCUACUGAUAAUGAAGAGGAUAAUAAAAAGCAGAAAACAGUAACUCAUUUUGUUUCUGAUACAGGUGGAAGAUCUUUAGUGAUAAAACCUGAAAGUGAUAGAACAAAGAUUGCCAGUUUGGAUUUGCCUGAAGAUGAUAAUGCUUUUGAGGUGCUAUAUGAAGCAAUGGAAGAUAUUCAAGAAGAAAAUGAAGAAUGUAGCAUAACAGAAGAUAAUGGUAAGGAGGAAGAAACUGAUGGUGAUCCAUUAGAAUUUGUACUUGAAAGUAAAAUUCAAAUUAAGACUGAAAAGAAGAGUUUGACAGAGUCUGAAACUGAGGAGGGAUGUGGAGAUAAGAAUCAAAAUGUGGAAAAUGCCCAGCAAAGGAAAAGAAUUCAAAGGAUAACAGUAGUGAAAAAUCUCGGAGAUAAAGAACACUCUUUCACACCAAUUAAACUUCAAAAACAAGUUGUUUCUGCUGUAGAUGAAAUAGAGAAGACCAUGGAAGUAAUUCAUGGGCCCGAUACUGUACUCAUUGAAGAGGACAUGUCUCCUACUCAAAAAGAACUGACAAAUAAAGAGAAGUCCUCCACUGAGGAUAUUAUUUCCACUUUAUCUGAAGGCAGUUCUACAAAUAUGACAACCAAAAAAGUAAUUAUUCCUGGUGUUAAAAGGCAACACUACAAUAAUAUUAAUGUGAAAUCAGAGCAGCAACCCCAUCCAAAGAAGAAAAUCGUCGUCAAAACUGCAUCGGUGUCAACAAUACGAAAAGAGCAUUCGUCAGGUAAUGUUAAACUUCCAAAAGACAUUAAAAUAAAAGCUGUUGAAAAAUAUGAGUCCACAGUGGGUAGAUUUCCUUGUAAUCUUCGAGAAGGUGUCUAUGACACUGUCUUUGUCAUGGCUGAUAACUACCUUUUUGAAUAUGGACUCUUAAAGAACAGCGUGAGACAUUUAAAAUGUGCUGUCCCUAAUUGUGGUGCUCAUGCGGAACAAAAAAUAAUUGGAGACACCUUUGACAAUUAUUUGGUUGUAAAAAUACCCCAUAAUCAUCCAUCUCCGAAUGAAGCUACAAAAAAGAAGCAAAUGUUCUUAAGUGUUAUGAGAAGAAAAAUUCAAACAGAUAAAACUCUAAAUAUCAGAAGUAUUUACGAAGACGUUUGUUUACAAGAUCCUCAAAUUCGUAGCCUGGUACCGCUUCGUAACGUGAUAAACGAGGUUUGUCGUCACCAGUUGGCACAAAAGACGCCACCCAUAAAUUCGUUUGAAGACUUUUAUAAGCACAUAGAAAAAGACUACUUCGAAAAGUUGCAUUUCACACAUAGCAAUCAACAAUUUUACCAGGAAAAGUUCCACAGUGACGAUGGCGGAAUGGCCAUCGUUUUCGCCAACAGUGACGUUAUCCAGCAACUGUCCGACAGUAAAAUUAUGUACGUGGACGCCUCCUUCAAGAUUGACACACACGAAGACUUUAAAUAUCAACUGGUCACCGUUUUGGUAUGGAUUGAUGACAGUUAUUAUCCAAUUCUGUUCGCCAUUAUCAACAAAAAGACUCAAGAAAUCUUCAAAAUGAUUUUCUCAUAUUUAUACACGGUUUUGGCCCCUUCUUUACGCCCCCUGGAAAUAAUAACUGACUAUGAAGCAAAUCUUUACUAUGCUUUAGCUGAAGUUUACGUGGAUUCGAACAUUGGAGGUUCUGUUUUUUAUUAUACCCAAAAUUUAUAUAAAAAAGUAUGCUCCCUGAAUCUAUCUCGAGAUCUAGAAACCAAUUCUUUCUUUCGGAACAUCUACCACAUGCUUCUUAUGCUUCCCCUUUUGCCUGUCAACACGAUUCUGGACGGCCUCAAUAACAUAGAACUAGAGGCAAGACACAUGAACAUUUCGGACUUGGUGAGACCCCUUUUCGAUCACAUACGAUCGCAGUGGAUCAUAAACGUGACCCCAGAUCUCUUCUGUGUGCACAAGCUCGAAAACAGAAUAAACGAGAACGUGAUCGCCCCCUUUAAAAAGUUAAGAGACUUUUUGCUUUUGACUAAGGGGAAAAUGUCAAAGACUCAAGUGACAAUCUGUCACGUAAUCGAAAAAAUUAUAGAACUCGAGGCGUUCCUUCGUGGAACUUAUUCCAAGCCAGACAAAAAAUCCUUUGGAAGGGACCUGAGCAGUUUCCAAAAGAAGAACGUUCUCAGGGCCUGGCUAUACAUCGAAGAUCAUCCAAAAAUUGAAAUCAACAAUUUCUUUGGUAAAGUGCUGGGCUAUAUAAAGUGUAUGGAGAAUCAAUUGUGGAUCUGGGGCUUCUACAGAUAUGAUGGAGACACUGAUGAUAUCCUGAUAAAUGCUACUCACUUUUCUAUUGUUGGCCCCCCCGAAGAUGAAUCGUCUGAUUUAGAAAUGACGAUGGAAGAGGACACAGAGGAGGAUACGGUAGUUAUGGAGGCUGUAGUGGACCAAGACGGAGUGCUGCAGACAAGUGAAAACGUAAUUGAAGGGAGCACUAAUGAAUGUGGAGGUCCUCAUAAACAAUUCGAGAACGCCUUUUUAAAAUACGUCUACCAAGAGUAAAAAAAAAAUAUUAUUUUUGCCAUUAUCUGAGGUUUGCCAUCUGCUAUAGCGUAUCAAUAAACACGUUCACUAUGACAGUGCUAUGAAGAAAAAGAAGACAAAUUGAGGUUAGCAUUUGAGGUUAAGG